AUGGCACAUCGAUCGUCUUCAUCAGAGCCUCAAUCCGGUGAGACUAGGAGCCGACUUCUUCUUGCGCCAGCCGAAAUCCGGUACAUCAUUUACGAACACCUGCUACCACAUGGAAUCCAUGUCUUCAGUCAAGGAGCAAGGCUAGGCUGUUCCGCUUGUGUCGGAGCCUCAGGCGAUGAAGAAGACGGCUCCGAAAGACAGGCGACAGGUGAUCCAAUGUCUGACACUGUUUGGGCGCGUCGCCUAGACUCCUCCUGGGGUCCUCACUGGCUGUGCGAAGAGCUGGCUUUGAACAUGGACAAUGCUCAAAGGCCAGUCUCUCGUGUAGACUUGGCCAUCGCUUUCACUUGCAAGCAGCUUUACCUCGAAAUUCUUCAACUUAGUAUCCACAACCAGGCUCUUCAUAUUACCGACCUAGAUGUCCUCAUGCAGGUGCUACAGAAGCCAGACGGCCUUUUCAAGAUCACUUCUCAUUUGCCGAGUCCUUUGAUAUCCUCGAUUCUCUGCUUUAGCGAGCUCCAUGUCACACUCCGGCUUCUGCCUGCGUUUUUGGCGAAACUUGAGGAUAUCAUUGAGAUUAAUACCGCUUCUAAAACAUCCCCCGAUCUAUAUGUGUCCAUUGAUGCUUGGGGAACACAAGCAGCCGCAUGGCUACAUUUAACAUCACUUCUCUCACCACCUAUAGAGCUACAAAGGCUUUAUAUCUGGCUAGAUCAUCAGAGCGAUAUGUUCUGGUCCAUCGUCGACGAGCGCACGAUCAUGUCGGUCUUAGAGCCGUUAGCAACAAAGACCAAGCUGGACAUAUCCGUCAGUCUUCCCAAGAUCCAGCAUGGUUUAGAGUCACGUCGACACUUGCUAGAACAAGAGGAUAUAGCAAAUUUCAGAAUCAGCCGAAGGGAAAUGCAACGGUACUACAUUGACCAAAAUCCGGAUGGGCGUGAUGAACCUAUUGUAGGUUGUCAAGAGAUCGUGACAACUGUGGACGACGAUAUUGCGGGGUUGGUAGAGCUGGAGCGACUUUGCUACAAGGGACAAGAGGAAUUAGCAAUGGAGUUGAGUGGUUUGCACAUCUCAACCCGCAUUCUUUGA